GAUCGCUGGAAAUUCAAACUAAUUUGUUUAUUGGAGAAGACGUGGUUUCAGAGGCAAAGAAUGGGAGGAUGAAACAAGGACGCCCCCUAAGAAUCCGAUUAGGAACUAGCCGACAAUGACGAGCGUGCCUACUGUUUUGUUUGAAACAGAGAAGGGGGCAGAUGCCCAGCUUUCCUCCUCACAUAAUUCUUCAGUUACUGGCUCCUGCAAUAUUGACGAGUCCUACAAGUACAUCUUCCUGCCCAUUUGCUACUCCUUUACCUUUGUCUUCAGCAUAACCCUUAACUUUGUAGUUCUCUAUCGUUCCUUUCGACGCACCAGGCACUGGAAUGCUUCCCUGAUUUACAUGGUGAACCUGGCCACGACAGACUUCAUGUAUGGUUUAUCCCUGCCCUUUUUGGUGGCCAGUUAUGUCAUGCGGGACGACUGGGUGUUUGGAGACUUCAUGUGCCGUCUAGUGCGAUUCCUCUUCUACUUCAACCUCUACUGCAGCAUCUUCUUCCUCACUUGUAUCUCAGUGCAUCGCUACCUGGGCAUCUGCCACCCCAUGAAGACCAUCACCUUGGAGACCAAACGAGCAGUAAAGGGGACUUGCGUUUUGGUGUGGAUUGCUGUUUUUGCACUAACAUGCCCAAUUUUUCGUUUUGCACAGACUCAGUAUCUUCCACGUGAUGGUAAGGGCUCAAGGGAGGAGGUAUUCAAUAAUUGCUGGGACGAUGCAAUUGAUAGAGAGUUCCAUGAUUACAUCCCUUAUGGGGUCACGCUUCAUUUCUUAGGGUUUUUUGUGCCAUUUACCAUCAUUGCCUGGUGCUACUCGCAAGUAGUGUUAACAAUAUUUCGGACGCUGCACUCUCAACCUCCUCCUCAAAGAGUCAGAAGUGGGACGGGCUGUGAAAGUGUCGCAGGGUUAGGUGGAGAGGGCAUGUCAAUCAUCUUGGGGGCUCAUUCGCCCUAUGUCAACAGGCGGCGCAAGUCCAUCAAGACCAUCAUUACUAUCACUCUCCUCUUUGCCCUUUGCUUCUUCCCCUUCCAUGUCACUCGCACCAUUUUCCUACUGCUGAAAGUGACGAGUAGGGUGCAAUGCCACACCAUGCGCAUGGUUUCCAUCUGUUAUAAAAUCACUCGGCCGCUGGCCUCAUUCAAUGCGUGGCUGAAUGCACUGCUUUAUUUUCUUACUAAAGAGAAAAAUGUGCCCUGCUGUCAAAAACCUGAACAUGCCCAGCAUGGCCUGCUAUGGCCACUUAGAAUGCUGGGAAAGGGAGAGGAAGAGGAGAAUGAAGUUGAGGAGACAAGGAACCACAAGGACAACGGGUCAACAGAUGAAAAGAAUACAUGCAGAGGUCUACCUUAA